UGCCGGUCCUACGUUGCCUUUUCGAUGAAUAAAAUGCCAAAGAAAAUGAAAUCCUUUCACUUCUGACAUUACUGAAUGACGUAACACAGUAGAUACCGCGUGUCAUUCAAGUUGAAUUCAUCUUAUACUCCCUUGUUUUCCUUCAAGUAGUGAAAGGCGUUUAAAAUUUAUAAACACGGCAACAAUGUAUUGAGGGACUCGAACCAAACAAAUAUUAGUAAAGUAUAUUUCAGUAAGCAUGGUGGACGAAUUGUUUAUAGUUUUUGCGUUUUAUCUGUGAGUUCGUGUAAAAAAACUACUAUGAUUUGACAUUUUGAAAGAACUAAAUAUAGUUUGUGUUUUCGUGAUUACGUGAAAAUUGUUUUAAUAUGUGAGUGUACAACCAAACACAUGUGGAUACUUUUUAUUCAUGGAUAUGUAUUACAUGGAUGCCUACUGUUUGGCUUGAAGGAAUUCCAUAAAGGGUGGAACAAGCUGGAAGACAAUGUGAUAAUCAGCCGGUCCGACCAGUAAAUAUUUCAGACAUUUGCCAGAUAAAACUGUAAAUAACAUGUUGAUGAUUAAGAAGCGUAACACUUCGUUCGUCACAAGUUUGUCACAUUGCUAUUUACGUCCGACAUUUUAUAGAAGAGCUUGUCUAGAUAAUUUACCCAUGCGUACGGGUCGUCACUGAUGGCCGUCAACGGCUUAGCGUGUACAGCCCAGUUCCGCCGAGAUUCCGGCUGGCGCAUUUCUGGCUGUCGUUAUGUCAAGACGUUACUACUGUACACCCUUCUGCUUAGCACAACUUUUCCCGGAUUUCUCAGCCCUGCCAAAGCGGACUUUGAGCCCAUUCCUCUAUCAGAUUCCAUUAAUGAAAAUGACGCCAAGCGGAUUUGUGCAAGCAUGGAUAUUAAAAAUUCACUGGAAUCAUUCAAGAAGCUAAAAGAUUGUGAAGUGAUUGAAGGUUUUCUUUCAAUCCUUCUAUUCGAUAAUGUGAACGAGACUGAACUGUCGAAGAUGAGUUUCCCGCGUUUAACUGAAAUAACAGACUAUUUAUUAUUGUAUAGGGUAAUUGGUCUUCGUAGUGUAGGACAACUAUUCCCGAACUUAGCCGUAAUCCGCGGCCAGCAGACAUUUUUCGAUCGUGCAUUUGUGAUAUUUGAAAUACCCACUUUACAAGAAAUUGGAUUACACUCCCUUACCGAUAUUUCCCGCGGUCAAGUGCAUAUCGACAAGAAUCCAUCUUUGUGCUUCGUUCAUACAAUAGAUUGGGAUAGGAUAAUCAAAGACAAAAACAAAGACAAUUCCUCAAAGAUACUUUUAAAUAGUUUAAAGCCCGAUAACGAGUGUCCCGUGUGUCCGGUGAGUGUCGGAACCGGGAAUGAUACAGUGAAGUGUCCGGUAAUGAUCGAUAAUGAAGGCAAAGAGAAGCACUUGUGCUGGAACAAGAACCACUGCCAAAAAAUUUGUCCAGACAAAUGCAAACACUGCAACAACAAGCUUGAAUGCUGCGACGAAUCGUGCUUUGCCUGCCGAAACGACAACCCAAAAAUUUGUACGGUUUGUCCCGAUUACACUUAUGGACAUGGCUUACAGAAGACUUGCAGACAGGACUGUCCGCAUGGAUUGUAUAAGUAUUUCAAGCGGCGCUGCAUAGAUAAAAACCAAUGUCUAACCAUGCAUAAACCCAUAGAAUUGCAGACUACAAAUUAUUAUCCAGAACCUUAUAAAAUAUAUGAAAAAUCUUGCAUUUUGGAGUGUCCUCCAGACCAUACUGAGCACAACAGGACAUGUGUACCGUGUGGAGGACGUUGUAAGAAAUCUUGCCCUGGUUUGGUUGUAGAUAGUAUAGCAACGUCGAGCCAACUUAGAGGAUGUACUCAUAUUGAUGGUUCACUAUUCAUACAAAUAAGAGGAGGAGCAAAUAUUACGGAGUUAGAAGCAAACUUAAAAACUAUUGAAGAAAUUAGUGGCUAUUUGAAAGUAGUCAGAUCAUUUUCACUGCUCUCGCUAAGUUUUCUGAAAAGUCUUAAAUUAAUAAAGGGAGAAGAACUGGAUAACGGGAAAUAUGUGUUCAGCGUGUUUGAUAAUCAGAAUCUGCAAGAUCUGUGGGAUUGGAAUACGCGUCCUCCUCUGAAGAUUAAAAGUGGAAAACUGUUUUUCCACUUCAAUCCAAAGUUGUGUUACGAAAAAAUUCUCACGUUGCAAGAAAAAGCAGGUUUGGGCAACUUUACGGAUUUGGAAGUAGCUAAAAAUUCUAACGGCGACAAAACUGCAUGUAAUAUAACGCCGCUGGAUGUUAAAGUUACCAAUAUAGAAUCAAAUUCGUCUACAUUAGAAUGGAAAGCUUUUUUUUUGGAUGACCCACGCAAGCUUCUGGCUUAUAUUAUUUCAUACACAGAAGCCCCAUUUAAAAACAUUUCCCAAUAUGAUAGCAAAGACGCAUGUGGCCAAGACAAUUGGAAGGUUGUUGACACACCUAACAAAGAGGAAGAAGACGUUAUUACGUACAAAAUUAAAAACUUAGAAUCAUAUACUCAAUAUGCAUUUUAUGUAAAAACCUACACAAUAGCUAGCGAAAGAAACGGUGCACAAAGCGAAAUACAGUAUUUUAGGACGCUACCUUCCAUGCCCCUGCCUCCAAGUAACCUUAAUGUUAUCAGCAAUGCUAGUGACUCUCUGUACAUUACGUGGGGUCCUCCAUCAAGACCCAAUGGCCCCAUAACGCACUAUGAGAUUAGAAAAAAAAUACGCGAUGACCAGAGCUACAAUCAAGAACAUGAUUAUUGCAGUGAUCACACCCCUAAAGAAGAAGCUCAUUCUACCACAAAACCACCACCUUUGCAUAAUUGUCAAUGUGAAAGUUCUACUCAAAGUACGACACAAUUUGAUGAAGGCGCUGAAGAAAGAAUACAAUUUGAAGACAAUCUACUCAAUCAGGUCUAUCUUAAGAGGCCAGGCAAAAGAGAAAAAAGAGAAGCAGUCCUUUAUACAAAUAGCUCCCUCCAAGAAUCUACAGAUAAUCCAGCAAAAUAUUUAAAAAAUGACACCGAGCAUGUGUAUAAAACAAAGAAUACAAAUUAUUAUUUAAAAAACUUACAUCACUAUACUAUGUAUGAUGUUCAUGUUUGGGCCUGCCGUGAUGACGAAUGUAGUGUUGCAGCAAUGAGAUCAUUUAGGACCAAAGAAAAGGUUGGAGCUGACGUUAUAAGUAACCUUACUUUAGUACAUAAGACUCAAGACAGCGUUACAAUUUCAUGGCAUCAACCAAAAGACCCCAAUGGAAAUAUAUAUGCCUACAUAAUAGAGUCCAAGAAGAUUGAUUUAGAUAAUGCAAAAGCUGUUCCAGAAUGCAUAAACGUCACAAGUAGAAACGUAACUUUAUACUACACAGUGUCAAAAUUAAUUCCAGGCAAUUACAGUUUGUGCAUUUUUGCUAAGUCCUCUCCCAAUAGAAAAGAACAGUCUAACUAUAUUUACUUUUAUAUCGAUGAGCCUUCUUCAAACACAGCACUAGUAGUAUCAAUUCUUAUGUUCAUUUUGAUCAUGGGACUUAUUUUCUUCGGUUGGCUCUAUAAAAAAACUCAAAGGAAACCUGUACUAUUUCCUGAAAUUAACCCUGAAUAUGUUCCAAAUCCAUAUGUAAAGGACGAAUGGGAGGUCUCCAGAGACCAAAUUCUAUUAAACAAAGAAUUAGGUCAAGGCAGCUUCGGUAUGGUUUGGGAAGGCUUGGCACGAGACAUAAGAGGAAAGUCCGAAGUGAGAUGUGCUGUCAAAACUGUAAAUGUACAUGCCACAGACAGGGAACGUUUAGAAUUCCUUAAUGAGGCAUCUGUAAUGAAAGCUUUUGAUACAACUCAUGUAGUUAGGUUACUGGGGGUUGUAUCUGAAGGCCAACCUACUUUAGUCAUUAUGGAAUUAAUGGCUAAUGGUGAUCUAAAGUCCUAUCUUCGAUCCCACAGACCAGACAUGGAAAAUUACAACUCAGCUUUAAUAAAACAUCCACCAUCCUUGAAACAGAUUUUACAGAUGGCUAUAGAAAUUGCUGAUGGAAUGGCUUAUCUUUCAGCCAAAAAGUUUGUUCAUAGGGACUUGGCAGCUAGAAACUGUAUGGUUUCUGAAGAUCUGGUCGUAAAAAUAGGAGAUUUUGGAAUGACCAGAGAUAUAUAUGAGACUGAUUACUAUCGAAAAGGGACCAAAGGAUUGCUACCAGUUAGAUGGAUGGCACCUGAAAGUCUUAAGGAUGGUGUAUUCACAAGUUACAGUGAUGUUUGGAGUUACGGUGUUGUGUUAUGGGAAAUGGCUACGUUAGCAUCACAGCCCUACCAAGGUCUUGCCAAUGAUCAAGUGUUACGUUAUGUCAUCGAUGGAGGCGUAAUGGAAAGGCCUGAAAAUUGUCCAGACAAAUUAUAUACCCUAAUGAGGUAUUGCUGGCAGCAUAAACCAUCCUCGAGACCUACUUUCUUGAAACUCUGUCAGCUUUUAUUGGAAGACUCUUCUCCUGUAUUCUCAGAGGUGUCUUUCUACCAUAGCCCUGCUGGAGUUGAAGCCAGAGCAUCCAGACAUACACCAUCACCUAGUCAGGAUGAUCAGACAACUCCCUUGAGACACGUAGCUGAGCGACUGAAAGGAUAUCUGCCUUCGAAUUCUAAUGAUUCUGAUGAACUUGAUAUAAAUACACAUCAUCAGUUUCCAAGCAUUUCGGAAAGUGAAGGAAUCAUGACUACUGCCAAUGGUUACGUGAGUGGAUGUCCCACAAAUGGUGCAGCAACGACUCAAUGCUAACCACAUAUCACUAUUAAGGAUCCACUGACACCUGCUAAACAGAAUCCAAUUUAAUUCUUUUCACUGGGAAGAUCGGCCACUCUUUAAAUAACUAAACUAAUAAAAUUUAUUUUAUAUAUAGGUUUGUUCCAACUAGCGGUCAAAUUAUACAGAGUGUUGUUUCAAGGUCACAAUAAAUUUAUUAUUAUACUCAGUACAUCUGGAUCCGCCUCAGUGACCUCUAUUCACCAUUCAAGUAUUUCCGUUUCCUAUUGAAACACCCUGUAUAUAUAACUAGUAAUAGUAUAUGAAUCACCCUGUAUAUUUAUAAUUUUGUUCAAAGGACGUACAAAUACGUUCAAAAAUUGACAUAUUCUUGCGUUUAUUAUAAUUUUUCUAAAAUAUGGCCACAAAUAAUUAUAUUUCCAUACUACAUAAUAUGUAUAUAAAUAUAUAAUAGGACUUAUAUGAAAUUACUUUUUUAGUAAUUUUAAAAUUAUUGUCAUUUUUUUUAAAUAAACAUAUUAAAUUAUUAAUUUAUUUGAAUGGGUCUGUUGGACAAAUUAAAAUGAUUAUCAAUAUUUAAAUAAAUGUAAUAUUAUUUGAUUAUUUCACAAUUUUAUCCUGUAUUAUUCGCACAGACCAUAAAUGUUGUUUGAUGUCAGUUUAUUAAGGAGCUGUUAAAAAUUUAAAAUUGUACGGGAUGUCCCAUAGGAAAAAUGGUACAGGUAGCGCUAAACUCACGUGAAUUACCCUGUACUCUGUAUAUUUCUACUUUUUGUUGAAGGACGUACAAUUAAAUUAUAAAACUAAUAUGUCGGGACGUUUAUUAAAAUUUUCUAACAAUGGCCAAUACUAUCAAAGAGUUUUCCAUACUAGUUCAGGUGUAAAUAAGGAAUAAUAAAAAAUUAAAUUAAAAAUUAAACAUUAAAACAUUUGUAAUUUUGAAGACUUUUUGCUAAUAGCUUCCACUGUUUUACGCCAUUCUUAAAAAAAUUUAUAAAAAAAUAAGUAAAAUCUGAUUUAAAAUAAAAUCAGUGAUUAAGUUUAGUCCUUACUUGUUUUUUUUGUGUAAUUUUAUUACUUUUGACUAGAUUAUUAACUUCUUUAAAUAAUUUACAUCCUUUAUCAGUUUAGUUAUUUAAAUAUAGUUAUUAUCCUUCCCAUAAAAAAAUUGAUUAUGCGGAGUUAUAAACGUCAACCCAUGUAAAAGAUUCUAAUGUGACAAUAAAAGACAGAAGUAUAUCAGACUUGAGAUUAUUGCGAAUUAUAUAUAUAUAUAUAUU